AUGCCACCUAGAAAGAAGAACACGGCAAAGAAGUCCUGUGGCGGUUCUGCCAAGAAACUUUUGGCACCUGUCAGCUCUCCUCUGGUGCCCGCUGCAUCACACACUGAAUCGUCCAUGUCAUCCUUGGAGCCGGAAGACACUAGGACAACUGAAGAUCACAGUAUAGAGCCCACACCAUAUUUUGGCUUCUAUCAUAACAUUUUGCCAGAGCAAGGAGGAACACCUGUACUCCCAGGCUUCCUGCAGCUCAAGGGCAAGUACGAGCUGGCAUCUAGCUCCAUCUUGGCAGCCACACCCCUUGCCAUCGUCCAUUUUAUCCUUGGUGGCAAGGACAGAAUCCCAACACCCGUUCCACUCCUCUCCCAUUACCUCGACAAGUUCUACCCCAGCGGCGGGUUUCUGUACAUCGAGAUCUUGUUCGACGUUGCUUCAUAUCAGCAGAUCGACAACUACACCUGCAACCAGGUCCGAACAGUUUCUGAGCUCACCAGUCACCUUGAUUCCACCGGUUGCGUCUUUGCGUUUCUCUCCAACCAUUCGGAAGAAGACAGUGGGUGGCUCUUUGCAGGGAAGGAGGGUCAAGGUGAGGGAGAGUAUGUUGCGAUGAAAGUUCAGCAUGUUCUCUCUACAGUGUUAAAGCCCUAUGCUAGGAUCCUCAAGUCCUCCCACAUCGUCUUCCUGGUCUGCGGCUCUGUGGUGGCGCACGAGACACCCUACACUCAGCUCAAGGAGGCCAUUCUUCAAUUCGACUUCCAACUCAGCAUCCGCAGUGUGUUUCCCACUCUCCUUAGUUGCUGCAAACUGGAACUGACUACAUUUGCGCGCGCUCACACUGAGACUUCACCUUGGGGCCUGGAUAUUCCUGCACAGUGCCCCCAAUGCGGCUCUACCAAGAGCUGGGCCGAGAGGGUCGCUGUGACGGUUGCUGAUAAGAGUCACGACGAGGACGCCCCAGACUGUGUCUCUUUGCCUCCCUACAAGUUGUCCGUCACCAAGCCUCCUGGGUCAAUUGUCAACAGCGCAAAGACCAAGAACUGCGCUUGGUUCCAGUCACCUUCUACUCAUUUUGUACUUCAGUCUUCAGCUGUGUCUACCCAAGGCAAGCACAUGAAUGAGGGGGUGCCUACUGGGACUGCCAAGAAGGCGCGCAGGUACUACCUCCAGUUCUUAACAGAUGCUGAUGAUCGGCGUGAUGAGCAACAGAUAUUGGGAGAUGACUCAGAGCUGGAGGAAGAACUUGGCAUGUCCCCUGAGGACAGAGAGUUGGUGGCUCAUCCUAAGGAUGCAGGGUUCUACAAGAAGGAGCUUAAUGCUUGGGACGUCGCACAGAAACUCUUUAAGCAGGAGAUGGACGACUACGAUAAGGAGCAGCAACAGAAGAAAGGCAUACAACAUUCUAUUAAGUAUAGGACUGGACAUGCGAGGGAAUGGUUCAACAGCAUGAGCUCUGCACAUCGGAAGGAGGUUGAGGAGGCGAGGGACAAGUGGAAUAGGGAUGGCACCCCAGCAGAAUCACAGGCAAUGUAUCAAAUAAAAAACCUCAAAAAAGUUUUUGAUGAUUUUACAGAACAGAUGCGUCGUACUAUGGGUUACCAACUCAUGAUGUUGGCCAGUCACAAGAAAAAUGCCGAUCAGACUUUAAGUGUCAAGAUUCAUGAGUCUCAGCCUGUCAAUCAGAAGAAAUCAUUUAGCCAGAGUUCUCGAGGAAGCAAAGAAUGGACGUCUGAAGGUUUUGAAAAAUAUGCCAAGUGGUCAAAGGCUGAAUUCUACCCCACCAAUGAUGAUGAUGACUCCUCCAAUGAAGAAAUGAAUGAUGGAAAGGAUGCAAUGCCCGAAGUCAUCCUGGAUAACCAUGAAGUCUUCACUGGUAGCAUGAAGCCAGUACCUUGGCUCUCAAUCGCCGACUCCAUCUGCAAUGGUUUUUCCGUGCAAGACCCAUCUCAUUUGAGAGUGAAGGAAAUCAACAAACUUUGGGGCCAUUGGGAAGCACGGAAGGCUUCGAAGCAGAGACUCAUUAUUUUUGUCGGAGCUGCAAGUGCCCACAUGAACAAGUCCCUGCUCAAAAAUGCUGUUUAUGUAGGCGAGAAGAAAUCAAAAAAGAAGUACGUAGAAGUCGACGAUGAAGAAGGAGCCUCAGCUGCCCCUACACCUGUGAAACAUACAAGACGGCUGGCCGAGGACAGCUCCGAGGACAGCUCUGAUGAUAAUCUAGCUCCAUCAGCAGGCCUCAUCGCUCGACCCAACAGAGAGUAUCUGCUUUUCAUUUCGAGUAUUGGUGGCUUGAAAAAGGAACAAAGCUCUGAGGCAACCGAAUGGCCUGCAUGGGCGACAUGGUCUUGGGAGGGAUCGCACCUUCCAAACAGUGUACACUCAGAGGUUAUCUCGUCUGCGAAGAUAUCUGGCUUGGCGUCAGCCAUGAAGUAUGAGGCGGACGAUGCUACUCCCAACACCCCCUCUUACCUUGGCACCUCUAUUUUGGGUAUCAAGACCCUCGACCUCGUUAUAGAGGCAAUAAACACAGCCAGAGGUGGGGUCACCCGCAUGGUCAAGGCGAAGGAGGGACAACAUGCUGCCAUUACUGAGGCUGGUGGAGAAGAACAUGAUACCGAUACUGCCGCUCAGACUAUUUCGACCAGGGAAGAGGAAGUGGAUGACGAGAAAAAAAGGAAGGAAGAUGAGAUGAGAAGGAAGGUUGAAGAGGAACUUCGCGAGACAGAGGAACAGAAGAAGAAAAUGGCAAUGCUGCAGGAGGACAUGAGAAAGCUGGAGGAGGAGAACCAGAAGCUGUUGAAACUGGUGGAAGUGGUGAACGAAAAGGACAGUGAGGGUAAGGAGCCAGAGAAGGCUGAGGAGGAGGAGGAGGAGGUAGUGCAGAAACGGAAGAAAAGAGGAAAGUCUGGGGGAUCUGGAAGACCAUCCAAAAAGGCUACCACUGACAAUAUUCGUUGA